AUGCCCGCCAUAACCAAAUGUGUUUUUGGACCCGCUCAAGCUGUUCGACGAAUUGCUUCGCCACGCCACGCUAGUCCUGCCUCGGUUACCGCCUUCAACCAGAUCCUCACCGCUGUCUCUGGUGCCUCGGGCCGGCGCUGCUCCUCCACCUCAGACUCAGAGCUCGUUGUCUCCCUCUUCAAUUGGAUGAUCCGUGAAUGCUCCAUCAAGGUGGCCCCCAGCAGUUGCACCUACAACAUCCUCAUCGGUUACUUCUGUCGCAUGGGCUGUCUAAAGUAUGGCUUCGCCGCCUUUGGCCUCAUCCUGAAGAUGGGCUGGAGGGUGGAUCACAUAGUCAUCAAUUAA